GCACUCCUGGAGUGUCGCGCCGGCAGAUGGUCGCAGGCUGCCGAAGGGAGCGGAGCCGGGGAAUGCGGAGCGAAGGCGGGAACCAAGGCGUGUGGGCAGCGGGGCUCGUGUCCCGCCCGCCCGGCUUCCCCAUGAGCCGCCCGCUGCAGCCCCCUCCUCCUCCCAAGCGGCUCCUCCUGCACGACGACAGCGCCGCCCCCAGCGCCGCCAAGUGCGCCCGGCUGGCCGUCGAGGGCGCCCCUUCUCCCGCUUCUCCCGCCGCUCCUUCCCCUCCGGACUGCCUCAGCGCCCCGGCCUCGCCGGCCUCGCUCUCCGCGCCGCCCGGGCCCGGAGCCCAAGGGCCCAGCCUGGUGGCCGGGUACCUCCUCCUGCCCCUGCCCGACAGGGAGGCCGUCUCCCGGGCGCUGGAGAUCAACACCGGGCGGGAGCUUCGCUGCAAGGUCUUCCCCCUCAAACACUACCAGGACAAAAUUCGGCCGUACAUCCAGCUGCCGUCCCACCGAAACAUCACUGGGAUUGUGGAAGUAAUUCUUGGGGAGACCAAGGCCUACGUCUUCUUUGACAAGGACUUUGGAGACAUGCAUUCCUACGUGAGGAGCUGCAAGCGGCUGCCGGAGCAAGAAGCUGCCCGGCUCUUCAAGCAGAUUGUUUCAGCUGUCGCUCAUUGCCACCAGUCGGCCAUCGUUCUGGGGGACCUUAAACUUAGGAAGUUCGUGUUCUCUAGUGAAGAAAGGACACAGCUGAGAUUAGAAAGCUUGGAAGAUACACACAUCAUCAAAGGCGAGGAUGAUGCCUUGUCGGACAAACACGGCUGCCCAGCCUACGUCAGUCCGGAAAUCCUGAACACCACAGGGACCUAUUCCGGAAAGUCAGCAGACGUUUGGAGCUUAGGUGUAAUGCUAUACACCCUCCUUGUGGGGCGCUACCCUUUCCAUGACUCGGACCCUACCACUCUGUUUUCUAAAAUCCGGCGUGGACAGUUCUGUAUCCCUGACCACAUCUCGCCCAAAGCCCGGUGCCUCAUUCGCAGCCUCCUCAGGCGGGAGCCCUCCGAAAGACUCACGGCUGCAGAAAUCCUGCUCCAUCCUUGGUUUGAUGCAGUUUUGGAAUCGGGCUAUGCUGACCAGGACACAAGAGCCUUUGAUCAGAUUGUUCCGGAGAAGUUGCGAGAAGACGACGACAUCAGUUCCUUUUUUUGCUAGCCCAGAAUUAUUAUUGUUGUUAUUAAUAAUAUUAUUUUGUCUCGGAGAGGAGAGAGGGAGAGACCCCUCAGCCUUGUGCAGAGUCUUCAAACUUUGUUUAGUUCUGUUCAUUUUCUGUGUUGUCAACAUAUACCUUUCCAAGAUCUUCUGCCCUCAGCUAUCUUCAGCAUUCGUAACUCAUGAACAGAAUUUCAGUUUGUGCCUUCCUCUUUCUAAGGAAGCUUGCAAUCUGACUAAACAAACAAACACACACACAAAAAGGUGCAGUCCUUAGCCUGCUUAGCCUAGGGUUAAUAUUUCAAUAUUGCACAUGAUGAACUUACUUAGGGAUGACUUUCUGGAGCAAACGGAUCUGCCCAUAGAAGGGUGUGACUGCAUCUUUAGGCCCUGGACAUUUGAGCUGCAAUUCUGAAGGGGGCGGGGAGAAGGAGUAGCUUAUUCUGGACUUUGGUGGGAGAUCAGACUGACUUAUUUGGAGUAAGCAAUCUGAGGACUGCAGCCUUACUUGGCUUUCCUUUUCUCUAGCAAAACAGCUUUGGGAGGUGCUGGGCUCCUUCUGUUGUCUCCAGAUCCAUGUGGUCUUGCUACAUUUAGCUGUUUUAUGCUGCUGGAGCUGCCUCGCAAGAGUCAGCUGGGCUCUCCUGUGUAGCUCAUACAUCAUAAAAAUGGCAGGGCUGUCAGACGGGCUUUGAUUACAGAAUCAUUUUACCGGUGAUGUAAGAGAGCGGAUACAGCCAUGCUCAUUCUGGUGCCAGAUGAGGUGGGUGAUAGUCACAGCACAGAAAGUAAUGGGAUUCUCUGGCUGCUUGUAUAACUGAUUUGAGGCUGGACCUUCCAACUUGUCAGAAUCAUCACAGCUUGGGCAAACCAAUGGCUUUCGACUAACGUUGGCCAUGCUGGUUGAAGGGUCCUGAGAACCGUACUUCAUCAUUUCUAAGCUAUCGAGAUGCCAUCUUUAAUCAUGCAGUUCUACAGUUCCUCUUAGAUUGUUUUGAAGCAAAACCUCUUGAAAUCAACAGGAAUCUUGCCAUUGGCUAUGAUGGGUUAUAUAUGGAUGCAGGUGUAAAGCUCAUAUCUGACCUUGUCCCUCUGUCUUCUGCAUACCAUUUAAGCAUUCUGUGAUCUAUAUUCCUUUUUCCUCUGGACUUUAUGGUCUCCCUUGUGCGGGUGUAGUUGCACAGAAAAUACCAUCAUGUGCCCAAAUACCAAAAUGCAUCAUUGGAGGGUGGGGUGUCCAAGCCUGAGAGGCAUAGAUAAGCCCUAUCUUGUUGCAUGCGUUCAAGUGUGUUGGGUUUUCUUAUGUAGGUUUUGCUCUUUCAUGUAUUACAUCAUCGUUUUGCAAAACUUUGGAGGUUAAUAUCUCAUUUUUGGAGUACAGAUUGCAUGGGAGUUCUGGCAGUCGAGUCUUUUUAAAAAGAGCUUUUUCAUACUUUGUCCUUUCAGAGUGACUAUUUCAGUAACCGCAAAACAAUAUCCAAAUGUUCCUAUUUGACUGUAAUAUGCCUCUGGAAAUUUCUUCCCCUUUUUAACAUUUUCAUCUGUUUCUGGACUGUGGUGAGUUUUGCCAUUCAAAUUUAUGCCGGAUAGUCCUCAGACCAGAAGAAGUAUUAGAUUCCUGGGAAUGGUAAUGAACUUCCUGACAAAGGUGGCUGUUCCGGUUUGUGGAAACAUGCACUUGCCGUGUUAAAUAUAAUUGUAAAAGUUUGUCUAGGUUGCCAGAGGAAAACAUUUUGCUUUUUCUCCUCUGUUGUCAGACACUGGUUAAGUACCCCAGAUGAAGGUGGGCAUUCAGUGGACCAGCACAUAUGCUUUUGGAUGAAUGGACUAAUGUCAUGACAAAUAUACUUGCAGGGCAUAUUAUGUGUAAAAAGGAAGCAAAGUUCUUUGAAAGAGUACACCGUCUUUUGAAAACAUUAAUAACUCUUUUAUGGACUGUUGUCGCUGACUACAAUUCUUACAUUCUAUGCAUUAGAUUUGUUUGGCCCCACCUUAAGGAUCACACCACUUUAAGGCUUAUCUCUGGCUGGAUCUAUGUGGUCAAAUAAUGCAGUUUGA